AUGGGUGUCCAGAAAAAGACUCGCAAAUUCGCAGAGGUCAAGCGAGUUAUCGGUCGUCGCGAUGCCAGAUUGAAGGAGAACAAGCUCAAGGCGGAGCUGGCCCAGAAGGAGAAGGAGAAGAAGACCAUCAAUGGCGAGGUUAUCCGAGAAGCUCCCCAAAUGCCCAGCAACAUGUUCUUCCAGCACAACACAGCUCUCGUCCCACCCUACAGCGUUCUCGUCGAUACCAACUUUCUCAGUCACUCAGUUCAGCGAAAGCUCUCUCUUCUCGACUCCAUGAUGGAUUGUCUUUAUGCCAAGUGUAACCCUAUCAUCACAUCGUGUGUCAUGGCUGAGUUGGAAAAGCUUGGGCCCAAGUACCGACUGGCGCUGAGGGUUGCGCGAGACGAGCGAUGGACACGACUUGAGUGCGACCACAAGGGUGUAUAUGCCGACGACUGCUUGGUCGACCGAGUGCAGAAGGACAGAAUCUACAUCGUGGGCACAAACGAUAAGGCGCUCAAGCAACGGCUACGCAAGAUUCCUGGUGUGCCUAUCAUGAGUGUGGCGCGUGCCAAGUACGUGAUAGAAAGGCUGCCAGGUGCACCGGACUCAUAG